AUGGCCUCGAAAGCCAUGUGGGAGGUCGACCCAGAGACUCGUUCCAAGCUCCUCGCUAUCCAAAAAGAGUCCGGAAACUCCCUCUGCUGCGACUGCAAUGCGCCUUCUCCUCAAUGGGCAUCCCCUAAGUUCGGUAUCUUCAUCUGUUUGUCGUGCGCAGGCGUCCACCGUGGACUGGGCGUACACAUCAGCUUCGUUCGAUCCAUCUCCAUGGACGCAUUCAAGCAAACCGAGAUCGAACGAAUGAGACUGGGUGGAAAUGACAACUGGAAAAGCUUCUUCGACAAACACGAGACUACUAAGAUGACGGGCAUGAGCUGGGACGACGCCACCAUUGCCGAGCGAUACAGCGGUGAGGUCGGCGAGGAAUGGAAGGAGAGACUAAGCGCCAAGGUGGAGGGGAAGGAUUACGUGCCUGGCGAGCGAAAGCAAGCAUCGGCGAAGACCAACACCAGCAGCGCGUCGAGGUCGGCGACACCCCUGAGCGGCACCGCAAACAACAAUAGCAACAGCAGCAGGCCGCAAAGCCCCAGCACGAGCGGCGGAAAGGUCAAGGUGGACGACAAAUACUUUGAAGGCCUUGGUGCCGCCAACGCGUCGAGGCCAGACCAUCUGCCGCCCAGCCAGGGUGGAAAAUACGCUGGGUUUGGGAACACGCCGGCGCCCGCCAGCCAAGAGGAAGGCCUGCCGAAACUGGAUGAGCUGCAGAAGGAUCCUCUGGCGGCCCUGGGCAAGGGCUUCGGCUGGUUCACAUCCACGGUGACGAAGACGGCGACUUCAGUGAACAAGGACUUCAUACAGCCUACGGCGAAGCAGGUCGGACAAUCAGACUUCGCGGCCCAGGCAAAGGUCUUCGGUGGGCGAAUUGGCCAGUCCGUCCAGCAAGGUGCCAGGAGCGCAUCUGAGAACUUCAACAAAUUCGUUGAGGGGGGGCCAGAAUCAAACCAGGGUGGGUCGCGUGCCGCACCUCUGGAUGAGAGCAAGAAGUCAUUCUGGGACGAUUUUGCCUCGCUGGCCGACCAGCGAAAGCCGCAGAGCAGCUCGAUUGGAACGUCUGCGAUGGGCAAGGGCAGUAAUAGCACUGCAAGGGCACCUGCGGCCAAGAAGGACGAGUGGGAUGACUGGUGA